GUCGCGUCCUCGGGCGAGACACUUUACACUCGAAGUGCCUUUUUCAACCCACUGGAUUGUAAAUGGCUAUCAUAUCAUCACUUAUCUAGGCAGCACCCUGCCUCAGAGGUGACUAUCAACUUUGGUUGGAAAAUCCGCCCCAGUGUCAAACUCGGACUCUCUGGAUACGUUUAGUAAUAUAAAUACUUGCGUGAGCUUGUUUUAUCAAGCCGCCAGUCCAGUGAAAGAGGUUGUGAAAAGAAACAUGGCGGAUACUUGAAGCCAAAAAGUUAAACUACAACAGAAAUGAAUACCAUUCCUGUGAUUCCUGAAAGAUGACUUUUGCUUUCAAAGUUCUUUUCCUGGCAUUAUUGGAACUUUGUCUUUUUGUGGAAUAUGACCUAGCACCUUUGUUUUACGUAAAGCCGAUACCAGAGACAGAGAUCCAAAUUCUAGGCACGAUCAGCAGCGUGUGGCAAGAGAGAAGUUCAUUUGUCACUGGGGCACCUGCGCUAGCAGAAAGCGUUAUCAAAACUGAGAACAUCCAAGACAAAAAUGUGGAGGAAACCAAGAGAGAUGUGAGCCUUGAAGAACUGUUGACAGAUGACAGUCGGAAAAGAGAGAAAAGAAUUAACAAAGAUAAAAAGAGCGUUGACGGGGAGACUCGAUUAAAAAAACUGGCUAGGACGCAAAAAAAGUCAGUAAAUUCUUCGCCGACAUCGACUGUGGAUCUUAGAUGGCCAUCCGGGACUUAUGGACUUCCCAAGCCGGUUAAUGGAUGUCCGACAUCCGAUGACUUUGAAUGGAAGACUGGGUACCGAUUCCACGAUACUGAGGAUGAUGGGACGGAAAAUCAGCAUUCUGACAGUUUUCAUUUGGCGGGAGAAUUCAGCGAUGAAGGAAUAAAACAUGAAUUCUGUAUUAAAUUAGAUGAUACAGGCGAAGGAAGAUGGCCAGAUGGAAAAUACUGCAUUUAUAAAAAGGGAUCCCGCUGCCCUGCUGGCCUUGACGAGGGAUUUGUCAUAUGGGAUGACGAGAACAAAGACAAUAAAAAUUCCAAAGACGGAGAGUUACCCGAAGGUCUUUUCAACGAAGACACCAAGAUUUUCUUCUGCUGCAGUAUUACUGGUUCUGCCGGCAAAGAGAUCACUUUGCCAAACAAAGCCCCGUUCUUCCUAUUUGCUUACGACUCUUAUCUUUGCCAGAAGGUUAAGGGGAUGAGAGUGGAGACAGAGUUCGUCAAAUUUGAUGACGAGGACCGAGGCAAUAUCGAUUAUGAGGGUGGUGAAUUCCCGUUCGGCAUACACCGAGCAGAAAAAGACCACAUGUUUUUUCUAUGUUACUAUACACCGGAGGGACAAAACAACUCUUUGGUGCCAGAUAAAAAAAGUAAUAACUCAUCUUCCUCCAAGAAUGUCAUUCACAAAGAUGGAUUCAAAAAGCACAAGACGAAGUCGGAAGAUAAGCAAGUCGAUAAACUGGAGGAACUGGAAAAAUUACGAAACUCCGAGAAAAUGAUGGAUGCAUUCCUUGCGAGUACUGCUUCGCAUAACAAAGAAACAAACAAAAAUGAGAGGACAAAGACGAUCAUUAAAACUAUCAGGGUCCCCGAACGCGAGAAUACGACCUCAAUAGUUGUAACAACAGCUGGGAUCGUCUUAGGUAUCGUGGUGUUGGGGGCAGUGGUCGGUAUAGUUGUAAUUAAACAUAUCAGGUCAAACCGAGAUGGGAUCAAAGUAGAUUCACUGGAUGAACAAGUUUACACGGCGUCCUCACGGAGAAGUAGCUUCACCACUUCAGAAGAUGAGGUGGAACUCACUGAAGCUGACUUUGAAGAUGAGUUAGUUGAGGACCAAUAUCUACCGUCAGACUCCGAACUAAAGUCAGGCUUAGAACUCAUGUUUCUAAAACAACAAAGACAUUAUUGGACACGGAAAAAGAAGCCUUGAUAUAAAUGCUUCAAGGAUACAAUAGGGAAUCAAGGCUAUUACUGUAAGAGACAUUUAACGGACUUGAAUUUUUCCCAUAAGUACCGUGGUAUGUUACUCGAGGUCACAAAGACAGGUUUCGUGUGUGUCCCCCGUCAAUAUAUCCGUUCUGACUGAGAGCAACAAAACUGAAGAUAAUUGAAUUGUAUCUCGAUGUAAAUAGAGGUAAAGGUAAAACCCACUAAUAGCACAAUUCAUAAAAAGUUGGCAACAAAAAUUGAAAAAUGAGGUACAGAAACAGUAACUGUAGCAAAUACAGUUCACUCAGAUAACUCCCAGUCAGAGUUUGUCCAUCAGUUAAAAGAGGCAAAUAGAUCAUUCAGCAGUAAAAUAACUGAAUUAUCAAAGCUACUUCUGCCAUACCCAAUUUAUCUGCAUUUUCUUAUUUUGGAUGAUUGGUGAGUCAGGGAAAUUUUAAACCACAGUCAGUGGAUAUAAGAGUGACCCCAGUACGUUUUUGUUUCCCUAUUAACUAUCACUGACCACGAAGACAGGAAGUAGUAAUUAGAAACAUGAUGAAAAAUCGCUUUUUAAUUAAAACUGUGAACA